CCCGCGCGACGUCACGCGGCGGUUACCGCGCUUCCACGUUUGGCGCUCGCGAUUUAAAACUAACUCGGGAGCCGCGGCGAGCUAAGAUGAGGACUCCGCGCCCAGAAACAAUGACUAACUCUUCUCCGAAGACCCGUGGACACCAGCACGGUGUUUUGUCACCUUCGGAACGGGUGCUGUCGGUGCCCCGCACUGGGAAGGCCCCUCUCAGUACCCCUAACACUCCAGUCCUUGAAGACUUUCCUCAGAAUGAUGAUGAAAAGGAGCGGUUGCAGCGGAGACGCUCCAGGGUCUUUGACCUGCAGUUCAGCACAGACUCCACUCACCUGCUGGCCUCCCCUAACAGGAAUAUUGAUGCUUCAACUACAAUAUCCAAGUUUACAAACACACAGAUUACAGAACAUUACUCUACCUGUAUCAAGCUUUCUACUGAAAAUAAAAUCACCACUAAGAACGCUUUUGGUUUACAUUUGAUUGAUUUCAUGUCGGAGAUUCUUAAGCAGAAGGACACAGAACCAACCAACUUUAAAGUGGCUGCUGGCACCUUGGAUGCCAGCACCAAGAUCUAUGCCGUUCGUGUGGAUGCUGUCCAUGCUGAUGUUUACAGAGUCCUUGGGGUGGGCAAGGACGCACCGUCUCAGGAGGAAGAGGAGAGCCACGGUGCAGACGGAAGUGCUGUUGAACCAGGAACAACUAAAAAGGCUGCAAAGCCAAAGAAGAAGCCGUCCUGCAAAACCAUCGAGCAGAACCUAAGCAGCAUCAAUGUCUCCGAAGCAGAUCGGAAGUGUGAGGUGGAUCCUAUGUUUCAGAAGACUGCGGCCUCCUUUGAUGAGUGCAGUACAGCUGGUGUGUUUCUCUCCACCCUUCGCUGCCAGGACUAUAGAAGCGAGCUGCUUUUCCCUUCCGACAUGCAGACGCUCUCCUCAGGAGACCCUCUCGAAUUGCCAGAUUUAGGUUGGGUAGACAUGACAGAUUUAGAAGCGCCCCUGCAGCAGUGUGUGGAGGACCGCCAGCUCUGCCCUUCCCUGGCCGAGUUCCAGUUUACUAAAUGGGACAGCGAGACACAUAACGAGUCUGUGUCGGCGCUGGUGGACAAGUUUAAGAAGAACGACCAGGUAUUUGACAUCAACGCUGAGGUUGAAGACAGUGACGAGGGGGGCGUCCCUGAUGGGCCCGUGGUAGAAGACUUCGAUGACAACGAUGAGCCAGACCCUUCUGCAGCUGGGGACCAUGAGGAGUUGGGGAGCUGGAAGGAGGUCUGCCAGGCCCAAAGCAGCCGGGAAGAAAUUAUUUCCCUCGGGGACAGCAACGUCCAAACCAUGUGCUCCCUUUUAUCCAUGAAACCUGGAGAGUACUCCUAUUUCAGUCCCCGGACCAUGAAGAUGUGGGCUGGCCCAGAUCACUGGCGCUUUCGGCCUAGACCCAAGCAAGACACCGCCUCCUACGUGGAGAACAGAAAGAAGAGUGCAAAGAAAGACUUCGAAAUCAAUUUUGAUGAAGAUAUUGAUUUUGAUGCAUAUUUUCAGAAAACAAAGGCUGCUACCACUCUGACCAAGUCCACUCUGGAGAACCAGAAUUGCAAAGCCACCACUCUCCCCACAGAUUUCCACUACGAAGCUGACACUCUGGUCCAGCUUCACCUCAAACCAGGCAUAAGGUUACUCAAGAUGGGCCAGGACCAGAAGGCAAAGACUGAGCACUAUGAGGAAAUCGAAGACUAUGAUUACAACAACCCUAACGAUACCUCCAACUUCUGCCCUGGACUUGAGGCUGCUGACAGUGAUUAUGAAGAGUCAGAUGAUUUAUUUUCGGAACCAGUCAGGACCUUUGACCUCGAAUCUGAUCCUGGCUGUACACAGAAGACAACCCAGGAGAAUGGCCACAUUUCUUCUGAAAGCCAAGGAACAGAUAUCACAACUUACGGAGAAUCGAACUUGGUGGCUGAGCCUCAGAAGGUGAAUAAAAUAGAAAUCCAUUACGCCAAGACGGCCAAGAAGAUGGACAUGAAGAAGCUGAAGCAGAGCAUGUGGGGCCUGCUGACAGAGUUCUCCAGAAAGGAGGCUGACACAGAGGCAAACCACAGUGUCAAUGGCAAAGAAGGGGCCCCUGAGGAGGUGGCUGAUGAGAAGAUGCUCAGUGGACUCACAAAGGACCUGCAGAAGAGGCUGCCCCCACUCAUGGCUCAGAAUCUCUCCAUACCCCUGGCUUUUGCUUGUCUCCUGCAUUUAGCCAAUGAAAAGAAUCUGAAGCUAGAAGGCACAGAGGAUCUUUCUGAUGUUCUUGUGGUGCAAGGAGACUGAGUCCACUUGGAGACGCUGCAGCGGAGGCCCAUUGCGUCCUGGAGGCGGUGGAGACGCUGGGGUUGCAGUGUGGCUGCAGCCAGCUGCCACAGUGCUCUGCCUCUCCCCCUCUUGCCACCUCAGCUUGAAUGCCACGCUCUGAAGCUCCACGCUGAUGGAAGUUUCCACAUGGGGAGCCCUCCACCUAGGAGAGGGGAGCUUAUUGGUCUGGAGUAUAAUGAUAGUCGUCUUUAUAUCCAUGUGCUUCUGGUCACUAGAAUCUACUUUCCACUCUGUACUGUUGUGGGGAAUAGCAGCUUCUCACUGUCUUUGAAGAGUUCUCUGGUCCAUGUACAUAAGAUUUAUCACUUGUAAACUUAAUUGUAUAUAAUAUUCAAAAAUAAAACCAUAUUGGUACAGUGUGA